AUGGAUGAUCAAAAACAAAACAUUGGACGGGAUGGAACGACGACGAACCAGGCAACACCUAGGACAACGCAAGGGACAACGAGGGAUGCGGAGGCGGAGCAGUCGGGGCCCAGCAGGCCCCCGGCUCCCGCCCGAAGUAGGAGGGCGCGACCUUGGUCGGCAGGAUCCUCCAGAGGGAGCAGGGCAUCCUCUGCUGCCUCUGAUAGGGGGCUCUGGCGCCGGGUGGGGGACAGCGACGAGGAGUCUGAGGGAUCGGUCUUCUCGUUGUCGCCCAUGACCCCCUCCACAGUGACGGCGGCGAGAAGAGGACGCCCCCCUACAUCAGGGGACUAUGUAAAGCUCGCAGAGAAGAAGGCUGAGUAUCUGCAGCUACAAGAGCGGGAAUUGGAGCUCCAGGUAACGCGGGAGCUGUUGGACGACGGCGUGGCACCCCGCCAGCCAAGCCGGUCUUCCAAGAAAUUAAGGGAAGCCGAGGAGCUAUCGAGGGAGAUACGGCAUCAACCCUCAUCGGACCUCGUUGCCCGCGCAUUGAAGUGCGCCGAAAAGGUAGAAAAGGUGGCGGGGUGCUCGAAGAAUUUGAAGGGCACCUUCGUGCACGCCCUCAGGGAGGCAUCUCGGGACCUCGAGGUCGUCGUGGGCGAGCUGGGCCUCAGGGCCCAAUGCGAGCGCGACGACCGCGAGGUGGAGCUCCUGAGAGAGCAGCUGAAGGCCCGGGAUGCCAGGAUCGCGGCCCAGGGCGAGGAAUUGGCUGCCAUGCGCCGGGAGCUGGAAGCCCUGAGCGCGAGGAUCGUCGCCGUGGAGACCCCAGCGGUCCCCGGCACAAGGAAGGCGGCGAGGCCGGCGUCACCGCUGACGGAGGAGGAGGCCGCUCCGAAGAGGACCCGCAGAGCACACACGCCCGAGGGGAUUGGGAUGACCUUCCGGACGCGACCAUCGCUGGAGGAACCGACGGGGCCUACACCGGCGCGCCCGCCGUCGCCCCUCGGGGAGGCCGGCGGGCGGGUUGGGGGUGGCCCUGUCGAGCGCGCGGACCCCGCGGUGCCCGCGAGGGCCGGGGCACCGGAGACGGCUGCGCUCAUGGAGGGCAUCGCGGCGCUCGUCGCGCGGAGCGCAGCUGAGCUCAGGAGGGAGUUCGCUGGGGAGCUAGCCCGGCUCCGGACCCCCGCGGGCGCCGCCGGGGUUCCCCCUCCCUCCGCUCCCGCGACAGCUGGGAGGAAGGGAAAACAACCGACGAGGCCGACGAAGGGGGCAGCCCAGCCCCAGAAGACGAGGUUGGAGUCGGCGGGGGCAGCAGCGUCUGCCCGACCCGCGGCUCCCUCCGGUUCCUUCGUCGAACAACGGAUGGCCCAAGUCCAACGGGACCACCGAGCGGCCACUGAGGAAUGGGCCAAGGUCGUCGGCCGCAAGGCCAAAAAGGCCGAAGUGGUGAAGAGGAAGGAGGGGGUUACGGCCCCCCCUCAAACCACGGCAAAGAAACCGCCAACGAAGAAGAUGGCGGCCGGGACGACCAAUCCACCGGCCGGGAGGAAGGAGGGGUCAUCGGGGGAGAAGGGAGCCAGGAAUGUGGCGAAAAAGCCCCGCCUGGCCCGCCCUCCCAGGACGUCUGCGGUCACCCUGACGGUCGCGUCGGGAUCAAAGACCUCCUGCAGCGAGGCCAUGCUUCGCGCCAGGCAGGAGGUCGACCUCGCGGAGAUCGGGAUCACCGAUCUCCGACCUAGGCGCGCGGCCACGGGUGGCCUCGUCUUGGAGAUCGCCGGGACAGAGAGGGCGGCCAAGGCGGCGGCCCUGGCUAGCCGCCUCCAAGCCGUGUUCAGCGGUGUGGAGGGGGUUAAGGUGGCGUGUCCCGUCAAGACGGGGGAGGUCCGCAUCUGCGGGCUUGACGACUCCGUCACCCGCGAUGAGGUGGCGGCCGCGGUAGCAACCGCCGGCGGUUGCGCCGCCGCAGAAGUGAGGUUAGGGGAGAUCCGCACCCCGCCCCGCGGUUUGGGGAGGGUGUGGCUACAAGAGCGGGAAUUGGAGCUCCAGGUAACGCGGGAGCUGUUGGACGACGGCGUGGCACCCCGCCAGCCAAGCCGGUCUUCCAAGAAAUUAAGGGAAGCCGAGGAGCUAUCGAGGGAGAUACGGCAUCAACCCUCAUCGGACCUCGUUGCCCGCGCAUUGAAGUGCGCCGAAAAGGUAGAAAAGGUGGCGGGGUGCUCGAAGAAUUUGAAGGGCACCUUCGUGCACGCCCUCAGGGAGGCAUCUCGGGACCUCGAGGUCGUCGUGGGCGAGCUGGGCCUCAGGGCCCAAUGCGAGCGCGACGACCGCGAGGUGGAGCUCCUGAGAGAGCAGCUGAAGGCCCGGGAUGCCAGGAUCGCGGCCCAGGGCGAGGAAUUGGCUGCCAUGCGCCGGGAGCUGGAAGCCCUGAGCGCGAGGAUCGUCGCCGUGGAGACCCCAGCGGUCCCCGGCACAAGGAAGGCGGCGAGGCCGGCGUCACCGCUGACGGAGGAGGAGGCCGCUCCGAAGAGGACCCGCAGAGCACACACGCCCGAGGGGAUUGGGAUGACCUUCCGGACGCGACCAUCGCUGGAGGAACCGACGGGGCCUACACCGGCGCGCCCGCCGUCGCCCCUCGGGGAGGCCGGCGGGCGGGUUGGGGGUGGCCCUGUCGAGCGCGCGGACCCCGCGGUGCCCGCGAGGGCCGGGGCACCGGAGACGGCUGCGCUCAUGGAGGGCAUCGCGGCGCUCGUCGCGCGGAGCGCAGCUGAGCUCAGGAGGGAGUUCGCUGGGGAGCUAGCCCGGCUCCGGACCCCCGCGGGCGCCGCCGGGGUUCCCCCUCCCUCCGCUCCCGCGACAGCUGGGAGGAAGGGAAAACAACCGACGAGGCCGACGAAGGGGGCAGCCCAGCCCCAGAAGACGAGGUUGGAGUCGGCGGGGGCAGCAGCGUCUGCCCGACCCGCGGCUCCCUCCGGUUCCUUCGUCGAACAACGGAUGGCCCAAGUCCAACGGGACCACCGAGCGGCCACUGAGGAAUGGGCCAAGGUCGUCGGCCGCAAGGCCAAAAAGGCCGAAGUGGUGAAGAGGAAGGAGGGGGUUACGGCCCCCCCUCAAACCACGGCAAAGAAACCGCCAACGAAGAAGAUGGCGGCCGGGACGACCAAUCCACCGGCCGGGAGGAAGGAGGGGUCAUCGGGGGAGAAGGGAGCCAGGAAUGUGGCGAAAAAGCCCCGCCUGGCCCGCCCUCCCAGGACGUCUGCGGUCACCCUGACGGUCGCGUCGGGAUCAAAGACCUCCUGCAGCGAGGCCAUGCUUCGCGCCAGGCAGGAGGUCGACCUCGCGGAGAUCGGGAUCACCGAUCUCCGACCUAGGCGCGCGGCCACGGGUGGCCUCGUCUUGGAGAUCGCCGGGACAGAGAGGGCGGCCAAGGCGGCGGCCCUGGCUAGCCGCCUCCAAGCCGUGUUCAGCGGUGUGGAGGGGGUUAAGGUGGCGUGUCCCGUCAAGACGGGGGAGGUCCGCAUCUGCGGGCUUGACGACUCCGUCACCCGCGAUGAGGUGGCGGCCGCGGUAGCAACCGCCGGCGGUUGCGCCGCCGCAGAAGUGAGGUUAGGGGAGAUCCGCACCCCGCCCCGCGGUUUGGGGAGGGUGUGGCCCCAAGCUGCGGUGCGCGGUGAGGAGGGUGCCCCUGGAGUUAGCGCCAGGGGUGGCUGA